CGGGCGUGGGAGCGGGGCCCACCCAAAGGUGGGCCGGGGUGGAAGGAAGCGGCCUGGUAGUCGCAGCGUGGCCUGAGGCUUUGAGGAACCUGAUUCCAGCUUUCUUGGAGCCGGCGUCGCCAGGGCUUGUUUUCUGUAGACGGGACUCUAGGUUCCCAGACCUGAGCCUGAGCUCUCCGUGUUGGUACUUCAGGGGCCAUCUGGAUUGUGCCGGAUCCGUGACUCGCCGUUGCUUUCUUCCCAACAUACUCAGCUGGGUUCCCAGCGCAUCUCCUGGCACAGCCCACUCGCCCUGGACGAACCCCCCAGCAGCCAAAGAUUGUCCUUGAGGAGAAUGCGUGAGACAUUAUGGGCCACGCGCUGUGUGUCUGCUCUCGGGGAACUAUCAUUAUUGACAAUAAGCGUUACCUGUUCAUCCAGAAACUUGGGGAGGGUGGGUUCAGCUAUGUGGACCUAGUGGAGGGGUUACAUGAUGGACACUUCUACGCCCUGAAGCGAAUCCUGUGUCACGAGCAGCAGGACCAGGAGGAGGCCCAGAGAGAAGCAGACAUGCAUCGUCUCUUCCAUCACCCCAACAUCCUUCGCCUUGUGGCUUACUGUCUGAAAGAGUGGGGCACAAAGCAUGAGGCCUGGCUCCUUCUACCCUUCCACAAGAGAGGCACACUGUGGAGUGAGAUAGAAAGGCUGAAGGACAAAGGCAACUUCCUGACUGAGGAUCAAAUCCUUUGGCUGCUGCUGGGUAUCUGCAGAGGCCUUGAAGCCAUUCAUGCCAAAGGUUACGCCCACAGGGACCUGAAGCCCACCAAUAUCUUGCUUGGAGAUGAGGGGCAGCCAGUCUUAAUGGAUUUGGGUUCCAUGAAUCAAGCACGUAUCCAUGUGGAGGGUUCUCGACAGGCCCUGACCCUGCAGGACUGGGCAGCCCAGCGGUGCACCAUUUCCUACCGUGCCCCGGAGCUCUUCACUGUGCAGAGCCAUUGUGUCAUCGAUGAGCGGACUGAUGUCUGGGCAUUCUUCAGCAGUGCGGCAGCUGCUGGCCUCCAUGAUGACUGUGGACCCCCAGCAGCGCCCUCACAUUCCUCUCCUCCUCAGUCAGUUGGAGGCUCUGCAGCCCCCAGCUCCUGGCCAGCACACUACCCAAAUCUGAAGAAACCAGUGGCCAUCUUGAGAAGACGGCCUCUUGUGCCUUGGAAAGAGGCUCUCAUCCCUCAUUGGAUCUCUAUCCAUUCUGUUAGGACUGCUUUUACAGUUGGGGACAGAGGGAGGGGACUAUUGUCGCUGUCCUAUUUCUCAGUCCUCUUCUGCUCUUACCCCCAGUGCCCAGGCAAGGGCAAAACUGAGAAAAUGUGAUACACAGCUCUGAGCUGGACUGCUGGGCUUGUAUCAUGGUCAGCUUCCAAAUCUGGGAGCAGGAGAAUAAAGUGAAAGCAGGUUACUGUGGA